AUGGUUAAGAGUCGUAAGCCAACUCCUCACCCAAAAAAUCAAGAAGCCACUUAGCAUGAACUUUAAAGGUAAUAACUUCAACUCUUAGGCAAAAGAUAAAGAGGAGGAAAAACAUCUAUAGCCAAGAAAACUAAUGCUACCAGAGGUAGAAAGCACAUCUAAUUUAAAUCAGAGUCAGAUUCGUUUAGAACUGAUUCAAGCUUCGAUGAAUCGUAAUACUCAGAUGAUAGCAAUGAUUAUGAAUCCCAAUCAAGAAAUGGAUACCAAAAUGAUCUCGAGGAAGUUAAGGAGCCAAUCAGAAAUGGCUAACAUUAAAUCAAAUAAUAAUUCAUUCAGUAAUAAAAUCAAUCACAAGCAGGCCCAAUUAUCUAGAAAAAGGCAAAUCCAUUCUAGAGACCAGGAGUGCCUGAUGGAACCGACCCAAACAAUCCAGUGAGAGUGUAUGCUGACGGAGUCUUUGACAUGUACCACGUCGGCCAUGCUAAAGUGCUUGAGCAAGCCAAAAAGCUAUUUCCACACACAUACCUGAUAGUCGGAGUGAGUGGAGAUAAAGAGACUAUUGAAAAAAAGGGUAAAAUUGUGAUGAAUGAGUUUGAGAGAUGUGAAAUUCUGAAGCACUGCAAAUGGGUUGAUGAAGUAGUCUGUCCAUGCCCUUGGGUCUUAACUGUUGAUUUCCUUAGGAAAAAUAACAUUCAUUACGUUGCUCAUGAUGAAGCACCAUAUGGUGGUGAGGGUUAAGAAGAUAUUUACGCUGAUGUUAAAAAGCUCGGUAUGUUUAAGGCAACUUAAAGAACUGAAGGCAUCUCAACUUCAGACAUUAUUUUGAGAAUCAUUAAGGAUUAUGACAUGUAUGUGUGGAGAAGCUUGAAAAGAGGAUAUAGUAGAAAAGAUAUAGGUAUCUCAGCUUUCAAGGCAUAAAGAAUUAAGUUCAAGGAGAAUUUCAAGGAAUUUAAAGACUCCCUCGAGAAGGAACAUCUUGGAAAGAGCUUUGACACUGGCUAUGAUAAAAUUAGAACUAAGGUUUCUAACUUGAUUCAUAAUAUGGAGGACAAUGCUUAGACUGUGAUGUACGAUUUCUUGCAGCAGUUCGGUCCUAAGGAUGACAAGUCUUUGAUUGGUAAAAUAUUCAGCAAGAUUAGAAAGAGAGAUGAAAAAGCUAAGGUUAAAGCUACUCUUAAAAUGCUUGAAGAGCCUUUAAGUGAUUUUGAUUAUUGA